UUGAAGAGAAGAUCACGUCACUGCUGGAACGCACCCUACGAAAACACAUGUCGUCUGUUGUUGGAGGUUGAGGUUAAGGCGUGGUGUUUGCUUGUGCCGAAUAUAGAUUCAUUUCCUCAGUUCAGCCCUAUUCUGUACCCCAACGCCAUCAAUUAAGCAUUUUGAAAUCAGCAUUUAUUGAAUUCCAUACAUCAGCACCAGAUGCCUGGAGAGGUGUUAAACAUCAGCACAAUGUCCGGAGAGGAUGUAGAAAUUAAGCAGGGUAGCCGCAAAAAGAAGCGUCUGAGGACUGUGUUUGUGACAAAUAUACCUGAAAUUGAUGAUGUAGAAACUGUUGUUAGAGAGCGCUUAGAGACUUGUGGAAAUAUUGUUGAUGUUAAAGCAUCAGACAUUCAAACGAUGGGAGGUACGACAAUGAAAAGAGUUGCUGUGGUAUUUUCGAAAGAAGAGGAGGCAGACAAAGCUGUUUCAUCUGAGUCCAUUCUUUUAGAGGGUCGGCACAGUUUUGUUUCAAAGGCUCAUCAGUACACUCCCUCUCUUAGAACAGUGGUUGUGUCCAACCUUUCACCAGAUGUUAUUGAAGAAGAUCUAUGGCAAUCUUUCAAAGAUUGCGGCCCCAUUAGUUAUAUUGGACUUGUGUGGAAUUCAAAAAAUUCUAUUGAUGCUCAAAUAUAUUUCCAGGAUGAAAGUGGCGCUAAGAAAGCCUUGCAACAGAAGAAUAAAUUAGUAAAAGGAAAUGUGGUCUCUUUAAGUCGUCCCAUAUUUGAAAUUAGCAAUAAGGCCCAUGAUCCUGUGGUCGUAACAGAAGUUUCUGAAGGUACCCAGAAAGAAGAUGUGGAAAAGGAGUUCAGUCAAUAUGGUCCGAUUCUGAGAGUCAAAUUUAACCGUAGCCGUACUUCAGCCUUCAUAUUUUAUGAGAAUCAAAAAUCAGCCGAUAAAGCGGUGAAACAUUCUGGCAGAGCUGAAUAUCGAUUUAAGUUAAUGCCUGAUGUGUUAGGACGAUUGAACCCAGUUUAUAUUGCUGGUGCUCCAAAAGAGGCUAAGGACGUGGAUAUUUUCUUGAAGUUUCAAGUGUGUGGGUUGAUUCAUGGCAUCAGUCAAGAUAAAGGUAACAGGAACUUCAUCAUUCAAUUUAAGGAACCAAAGAGUGUCAAGAAGGCUUUAGCAUUGGAAGACUUAUCUAUCCAUGGCCACAAUGUGCGAGUGGGUACCAGUGUAGACAUCUUCAAUGCUCCUGCUGAAGCCGUGACCACUGCCAAAGCCUUGAAACGAAAACCAGGACAGAUGGAAGGAGAUGAGUGUGACAAUGCCUCUGAUGAUGCUGUCGAUACAUCACUUUCUUCCAAACGGAAAAAAAAGAAGAAAGUAACCAAUGAUGAUGAUGAUGUCAAUACUUCAUUUUCUUCCAAAUCAAGCAAAACAAAGGAAGUAACCGAUGAUGCUGUUGUUGAUACAUCACUUUCAUCAAAAGCAAAGAAGAAAAAGAAGAAGAAAUCAAUGUAAGAAUGUAAGAGCAGUGUAUAUCAAAGGUGUAUGAAUUAUUAAAUAAGCUUGGGAACUUACA